ACGCAUCCGCCAUAACUCGGUCUUGACUCUUGUUUAGUACAUUCCGGUAGGGAUAUUAGGAACACGGAAAUGUAGAUUCAAGCUUCGCUGAUGCAUAGCGCAAAUAUUUUAGCUCCAAAAUCCAAAAUCAAACUGAAUAUAGCCUUAUGUAAAUAAUUCACAGAUGUAUUGCAUUUAGCGGCAUGUCAGUGCUACAGCAUGCAAAAUAAAACACCAAGUAAUUAAAUUCCCGCACACCCUCUGAGACCUCAAGCAUCUCAACGUCCGAUUGUGGCGCCCUGAUCAGAGAUACACAAAAUAUCUUCUAUGCCAUAGUUCGUCAGUAGAUGUAUAAUUAGUCUUGCCGAUGCAAGUACUUAUCAGUAAUUUGCUUUGCAGCACAUCAAGAUGUGUGAUUGGGAAGAAGACUGGGGUGCAGAGACCGAUCCAACCAAUGAACGGUACAAAGUUACUCGACAGCCAGCAUAUCCCGCUUAUAGUCAGUAUGCACAACCACCAGUGCAAAAUAGCUGGUCUCGUGAAGGCCAGAUCGUCGAAACAUCAUGGCGUGAUAGGGGUCAACAGGAAUUCACAGGUAACGUGGAACAAAAUGGAUGGAAUAAUUCUGGGGCCAGAGGUCGGGAAAAUAGAGAUGGAGGAGCUUGGCAGAGGAACUCGGGAGCAGUCCCCGUGACACUGAUGGUUAACAACCGGAAGCUGGGCCUUAUCAUCGGGAAAGGCGGUUCGAAGAUCCGAGAACUCGAGGAUAGUUCCGGCGCGCGAAUACAGAUAUGUAAGGAUCGCUCGGACGGCGACGAAACGCCCGUCGAACUCACCGGGAGCUCCGAGGCGACGGAUCUCGCGAGAUCCUCGAUCGAAGACCUCCUGAGCGAACAGUCAAACAACUCGCGCAGCUACGAGAACAACGCCGGCGGCCGGAACGACGCUGGCGGCCAGAACAACGCUGGCGGCCGAAACAACGCCAGGGGCUGGAACGACGGCGGCGGCGGUGACGAGAGGGAGACGGUCGACGUCGGCAACAAGGACGUCGGCAAGGUGAUCGGACGCGCCGGCUGCAAGAUCCGAGAGAUCCAGGACGUGUGCGGCGUGCGCGUCAAGGUGCGCGGCGACGACGAGGACGAGUGGUCGACACCCGUCGACCUAGUAGGUAGCGCUGACGGCAUCAAGAAGGCGAAGAAGAUGAUCCGCGACUUCACCAACGAGGGAAAGUCGAAGUCGUAUAUCGACUACGCGGCGAGCGCGGCCGAUCGCGACCCGGACGCGCCGCGAACGAUCAACUGGAGCCAGCUGCACGCCGACAGUGCGCGCAUGCAAGCGGAGAAGUACGUGAACUACGGAACGGUGACGAAGAACUUCUACGUCGAGGACAACGACGUCGCGAACAUGCGGCCGGCGGACGUCGCCGAGUUCCGCCGCGCGAGCAACAACAUCAUCGUCGCGGACCUACACGAGACCGAGCGGCGCCCGAUCCCGAACCCGGUCUCGACGUUCGAGCAGGCGUUCCAACACCACGGCGACAUCCUCGAACAAGUUCUCGCGCAGCGGUUCGAUCGUCCGAGCCCGAUCCAGGCGCAGGCGUGGCCGAUUCUCCUCCAGGGCCUCGAUUUGAUCGGGAUCGCGCAGACGGGCACCGGGAAGACGCUGGCGUUCCUCCUUCCAGGCCUCGUGCACAUAGAGAGUCAGACGACACCGCGGAACGAGCGCGCCGGCCCGACGAUGCUCGUGCUGUCGCCGACGCGCGAACUCGCGCAGCAGAUCGAGGCGGAGGCGCGGAAGAUCCGCUACCGCGGCAUGCGCUGCUUGUGCGUGUACGGCGGCGGCAGCCGCCGCGACCAGAUCGCGGCCGUCGAGCGCGGCGUGGAGAUCGUCGUGGCGACGCCGGGACGCCUGCUCGACCUGAUCAUGAACGAUCUGAUCGACGUGAAGAGCGUCUCGUACCUCGUAAUGGACGAGGCUGACCGCAUGCUGGACAUGGGCUUCGAGCCGCAGAUACGCAAGGUGAUGAUCGACGUGCGACCUGACCGGCAGACGGUCAUGACUAGCGCCACCUGGCCAGAGAACGUGCGACGGCUCGCAACUCAGUACAUGAAGAACCCAAUGCAGGUCUUCAUCAACACGCUGGACCUGGCGGCGUGCCACGACGUCACGCAGAUCGUCGAGAUGGUCCCCGAGAGCGAGAAGAAGUCUCGCAUCCUCGACUUCAUCGCGGCAAUGGCCCCCGACGACAAGCUCCUCGUCUUCGUCGGCAAGAAGGUGAAGGCCGACGACCUCUCGAGCGACCUCGCGCUCAUGGACGUCGCGUGCCAGAGCAUCCACGGCGACCGCGAGCAGGAGGACCGCGAGACGGCGCUGCGCGAGUUCAAGAACUCGGAUGUGCGCAUCCUGAUAGCGACGGACGUGGCGUCGCGCGGCCUCGACGUGCGCGACAUCACGCACGUGCUCAACUUCGACUUCCCGCGAAACAUCGAGGACUACGUGCACCGCGUCGGACGCACGGGCCGCGCCGGCGCCACCGGUACCGCCAUCUCCUUCGUGACGCGCGAGGACUGGAGAUCAGCGCAGCAAUUGAUCGACAUCAUGGUUGAAGCCAACCAGGAGGUGCCUCCUGAACUGCUCCAGAUGGCAGAGCGAUUUGUCGCGUGGAAGGAGCGGCGGGAUAACGAGAGAGCCAGCAUGUCAUCGUACGGAAUGGACGGGGGAAGAGAUGGAGGAGGAAGAGGCGGAGGUAGAGGAGGAGGCAGACGGCGCCAUGAGGAGAACUUCUACUGAAGUUUUUUUAAAAGUGGCUCUCUUUUUAGUGCUAUUUGUUAGGCAAAUUGUUGCCUAGUGUUGCGAGUUGAUUGCUCUCUGUUGACAUGCUCAGGAUCUCGAAAACAUUAUAUGGCCACAUGCAUAUUCGUAAUCAUAUUUAUUCUGAACUCGUAUAUGUAGUUAUAACAUAUAUUAAUAAUACUUAGCACAGCAAAGGCAUAUAGCAAGUACUCACGUUGUAAUUUCUGAAAUGCUGGCUGUGCAAAAAGUGAGACAGCAAUAGUCGUUGCUGUGUAUUAGUAUACUUUCAAAACGUUACGUAAACGUGUUACCAGAGAGAUAUUCUUUCAGUGUUUAUGUUCAUAAGCAUUUUUUCAGUUUUCGUACACGUAUUGCUGUAAAACACAGCACAAUUAAAUAUCAUGGGAAGGAGAACUCACGAGUACUUCUAAAACCGUGAUGGGUGCAACUGCAAGAUAUGCUUGCUUUAGUUGAAUGUAUCAUUUCAGGGCUGUGUGAAUGCUUCAGUUAAGAAAUUAGUACCACUUGAAUCACGUUGCCAAGAGUUAUUAUUGUAUAUUUUUUAACCACAUUUAUUGUCGGCAUUCCAAACGUUUGCAUAAAUAAACGGAAAAAUAUAUAAUAUA